CUUUCCUUGGGCACGUAUAGAAGAAACCCUAUCCCUUUUCUUUUCUUUAGUCCUCCCACAUUUGAAAUUUACUGAGUCGAUUAAUUUCAAUUCGUGUCUGAUAAAGCGACUAAGAGAUUUUUUUAUUUUUUUACGAUGAAUUUGUCGGAGAUGUCACCGGCGUCAUUGUUUACCGCUUGUGUCUCAAUGUCUGCUUCAAUUAUGUUGUUUCAAACUAUGUUGAAUCGAGUUCUUCCUCAUGAAGUCAAGAACUAUAUUUUCGCGAGGAUUAGUAGUUAUUUUACGCCUUUUUCCUCUACUAUCACUCUAAUUAUUGAAGAAAGAGAUGGUAUGGCUAGUAACGAAGUCUAUAACGCUGCAGAAAUCUAUUUGUACAACAAGAUUAUCGAUCCAGAUAUUCAGUAUUUCAAAGUUAGCAAGUGUUCGAAAGAGCCAAAUAUACGUGUCAAAUUUGCCAAGUGUGGGAAAAUUGUUGAUUUUUUUCGAGGAAUUGAACUCAUAUGGAGGUUUGUUUCUGAAGAUAGUAAAAAUAUUCCAGAUAUAGAUUCUGAUAAUAAUAACAUAUUGGUUUCUCGUGAGAAACAUUAUUUUGAGCUGAGUUUUCAUAAGAAGUACAAAAAUGAAAUCUUGAAUUUUUACAUUCCAUUUUUAUUAAAAGAAGCAAAAAUCAUAAGAGAUGAGAAGAAAGUUGUUAAGUUAUAUACUUUAGCAUGUUCUUCUUCUUAUUCAUCAAUAUUUCCUUGGGAUUUUAUAAAUCUUGAACACCCUUCAACAUUUGACACGUUAGCUAUGGAUUUAGAACUAAAAAAGGCUAUUAUUGAAGAUCUUGAUAGGUUUUUAAAAAGGAAAGAUUUUUACAAGAAAGUAGGAAAAGCAUGGAAAAGAGGGUAUUUAUUAUAUGGACCUCCUGGCACUGGAAAAUCUAGUUUAAUUGCAGCAAUGGCUAAUUAUUUGAAGUUUGAUAUUUAUGAUUUAGAACUGUCUAGUGUAAAGAGAGACUCGGAUUUGAGAAGAUUAUUGUUGAGGACUACAAAUAGGUCUAUUCUUGUUGUUGAAGAUAUCGAUUGCAGCAUUGAAUUGAUAGAUAGGAGGACUGCAAAUCAUGGAAUUCAUCCACAUUUCUUUCCCCGAGAUCAAAAGAUUACACUUGCUGGGCUACUAAAUUUCAUAGAUGGACUAUGGUCAAGUUGUGGGGAUGAAAGAAUCAUAAUAUUCACUACCAACAACAAAGACAAGCUUGAUCCAGCUCUAUUAAGGCCAGGUCGUAUGGACAUGCACAUUCACAUGUCCUAUUUAACAAUUCAAGGAUUUAAAGUCCUAGCAGAAAAUUAUUUGCAAGUACAAUAUGAUUACAGUAAUCAGCGUUUUAAAGAAGUACAAGAUUUGAUUGAAGAAGUACAAGUUACUCCUGCAGAAGUUGCUGAAGAACUCAUGAAAAGUGAUGAUGUUGAAGUUUCCCUUGGAAGACUUGCUAGGUUUCUAAAAAGAAAGAUGAUUAAGAAUGACGAAAAAGGGAUAGAAAUACAGAAGAGAAAGAAGAUGAAAAGUUGUGAUCACAGUACGAUGAAUUCAAAUGGAAAGCUUACUGAAGGGGAGCUUUGGAGUAACGAUAAAGUUGUCCAUGCGUAAGUUAUAGGACAGGGUUCAAGACGUGGAAGCAAUCACUGAUUCUUGCAUUAGGAUAAGCUAUCUACAUCACACCCUUUAAGUGUGACCUUUUUCCGAACUCUGCGUGAACGUGAGAUACUUUAUGCAUCGCGCUGUCCCUUUUAACCGGCAAGAUUACUUUUAUUAGUAGUCAAGUAAAUGGCUAGAUGGAAAAAGUUCCAUUUUGUUUUUAAAUUUAGGCAGAGAAUUGACGUUUUCUCAUUUCUUUCAAGAUUGAUUUAUAGGGGUUUUGGCCCUAUGAUUUUAUAA